GAACUUAAAUAGUUCAGAGUAGGCUAGAGGCUGUGGAUUUAUCUUAACUACUGUUUGUGCAUGUCAAAACACACUAACGCUACUUUGUAGCAUAGUUAGGCAUGGCAUUCCGAUUACCCCUUACGGAAAAGUGUGGUAGGCAAUGUAAAAGCAUUCAGCUUAUUACAAAGGUAGUCCUACUAAAGUAUAAGAUCAUGCAGUGACGCCUAUACAGACUGCAGGUUAGAUUCGCCCUCCUGCAAUGGAAAAUGCAAUUACAGACACGUUUUUGAUAACUGGGGGAUGUGGCUAUUUUGGUUAUCGCCUGGCGUGCUCCCUGCUUAAAAACGGAGCCAAGAUCAUUCUGUUUGACACAGCCGCUCCAAAGCAAGAAGUGCCAGACGACAUUGUGUUUAUUAAAGGAGAUAUACGUGAGUAUGCACAAGUUGAGAAGGCCGUCACUGGUGUGGACUGUGUAUUCCACAUCGCCUCCUAUGGCAUGUCUGGCAGGGAGCAGCUGAACCGGCAUCUGAUUGAGGCGGUGAAUGUCCAAGGCACAAGGAACGUCCUCAAGGCUUGCGUUGAGCACGGAGUGUCCAGGCUGGUUUACACCAGCACCUUCAACGUGGUGUUCGGAGGCCAAGUGAUCGAGAAUGGGGAUGAAAGCCUCCCUUAUCUACCUCUCCAUCUUCACCCCGACCACUACUCCAGAACCAAGUCCCUGGCUGAGAUGGCAGUGCUAAAAGCUAACGGCACAGCACUAAAGGACGGUUCCGGGGUGCUUAGAAGCUGUGCAUUGCGUCCAGCGGGAAUCUACGGGCCUGGGGAGCAGAGGCACCUGCCCAGGGUAGUUAGCUACAUAGAGAAGGGGAUAUUCAGGUUUGUUUAUGGUGAACCCAGCAGCCUGGUGGAGUUUGUCCAUGUGGACAACCUGGUGUCGGCACAUGUGCUUGCAGCCAAGGCUCUGAUCUCAGAGAAGCAGCACCGCUCUGCUGGCCAGGCCUACUUUAUCUCAGAUGGCAGGCCUGUCAACAAUUUUGAAUUCUUUAGACCUCUGGUAGAGGGCUUGGGCUAUCCUUUCCCCAAACUGCGCCUUCCUAUCUCUCUCAUCUACUUUGUUGCCUUUCUCACAGAAAUGAUUCACUACCUCAUCGGGCCCUUCUAUAACUUCCAGCCACUGCUGACACGUACAGAGGUGUAUAAGACUGGCGUGACGCAUUACUUCAGCAUGGCAAAAGCUAAGGCUGAGCUCGGUUAUGAGCCCCAGGAGCACAACCUGGAUGAGGUUGUACAAUGGUUCAGAAGCAGAGGCCAUGGGAAAAAAACUCACUCCUCCUUCCUCAGUCAAUUAUUACUAGACAUCCUGUUAGUUUUUGCCUUUGUUGUGGUGGUUCUCUCUUUUCUUCCAUCUGUUGGCAGUGGAUGAGCAACUAAAGCAAAAAUAUAAUUUUGGCAUUUUCCAAAAUGCUAUACACCCUGUAUCAAAACUGGUUCAGAACUAGUUUUUUUUAAUGACAGCUGGGUCCAUGGAUUCACAAAAUCAGUCAGUACUGGCAGGUGCGUCAGACAUAAACACCUUUUUAUACUGUAACCCAUUACAUGUGAAAAUAAUCAUAUAUUCUUUGUACCUAAUGUCUUAGAUUACAUCAUAUGGCUGUUGUCACUGUCAGAGACUAUAUGUCAAAUGCUACCUCUUUUUCAGAACAGUUUUUAACAGAACAGAUUUUGAAAGAACAUCUCUGGGGAAAGAAAUAACAAUAACCUAAUACAGACAUUUUUAAAUGCUGUUUUUGUGGAACUGUAACGUAAGAUACCAAGGAAUGUUCUGAAAACUGUAAUGAAUAAAUCCUUAAAUGGCAAA